AUGGACAUGAAAAGUAAUAAUAUAUCUAAUAUUGGUGUAUAUCCCGAAUACCAUACCCACAUAGCUAAAGUUUUUAUUACUACAGAUAUGUCAACUUUAAAAAUAUAUAAUAAAAAAGAGAAAAAAAAUAUAAUAUAUUUUUCUAUAAAUUUUUUUAUAUUUUCCCUUUUAAUUUGGAUAUUACAAUGUUCCAAUACUUGGGAUUCUUUUAGAUCGUGGAAUUACAAAAAUGACUCAAAAAGCGUACUAAAUUUAGGAGCUAAAAGAUCAUUAGUCGAAAGUGAAGAUGUAGAAAAACAAGCACACAAAAGAUUAAAAUUUUAUAACGAACAAGAUAUAAUAAGAGAAAAUUUAGAAUCAGAAAGUGAGAAAAAUGAAAUAGAGGGGAAAAUAGAUUCAGAAAAAGGAAAUGAAAUAGAGACAAUAGAAAAAAGUAAAAUAGAAAAAUUUAAGGAGAGAAUUUUAGGAAGAUGCCAAAAUUAUUUAAAAUUAAUUUUCUUGGUUAUCACUUUUCUCCUAUCGUCUUCUUCAUUAGCAUUAAUUAUAGAUGAUUAUAUUAAACCUAAUGCUUUAGGAUUUUCUUAUGCUAUUAUGUUAGCUAAUAUAUCCGUUUUAAUAUUCUCAUCCAUUUUAUUUUCUGAUCAAAUCAAAAAAAAAUAUAAAAAAAAAUCAUAG